AUGCAACGAUUGCCGCUACCUGGUCCAAGUGCGCUUGGUCACGGUGCUCCUCAACCGUCACAACCUGCGCCUGACUUUAUGCUCCGCGAUAUCCUUGAACGAUGGGCAGGAUCAGACGAUACACUACGGAUCGUUAUGCUUGCCAAAACGGAAGAAGAUAAGCUCAAGCAAGAAGUCAUGCGCCUUGAAAUCAGACGCACAGAGAUGGAAAUGCUCAAGGAAGCGCUACGUGGAGGCAUUCAACCUUCCCUUGUUCCACAAAUCUUUCUAGGCAGUGGUCAUGUUUCUGCGUAUUACGCGAGUCAAGCGCAUUUACAGCAACAAGCAACGGCUGCGCAACAGCAACAGCAGAUGCAUGCUGCGGGUCAACAACCCGGGGGGUCACCCACGCAACGUUCCUUCCCACAGGGACCUCCUCCACCAGGCCCUAUGCCAGCUUUUAAACACAGAGCUACGCAAAGCCUUGCCAAUGCCUCUCCACGCAGUCUCCCAAAACAAGAAGCCUAUACACCCACUACGUCACGCGAACGAAACGACGUUGCGGGAGCUGCUGGACCACAAGCAGGUUCUGGACCAACAGGGACUAUUCAUCAAGAUCAGGAACUGACUCAAGAACGUGCACCAUCGUUGUACUUUCAUCACUGGCAACCACCACAGCAAAGUCCGAGUCAUGCAGCCGAGACGGGUGAGCAAGCGGCGUCUGCUGCAGUGGCAGCCGUUCAGGGCGGUUCCGUUUCCGGUGGUACACCUCAACCAGGCUCUCCGACGCCUCGAAAGAAACGGUUGACUUCACAACAAGUUCUCAACCCAAUUCAACCAAGUAAUGCACCUUCACAACCUGGUAGACGAUCACCCAGUCGUGGAGGAAGUACGAGUGGACAUUCGAGACAUCGCUCAGAAGCGAGUAUCUUGCAUACCCGAUUUUCAGAAUACCUGCCACCGGCCGUCCCACUACCCACACCGACAGCCGGCAGCGCAACCAAUACACCAGCCCUGCAACAACGUGGACAAUCGGCAACGUUUGGCCCAACGGGUUCUUCAGGCGGUCCAUUAUUAGCACCAAGUCAACAAGGUGGACAACAUCAAUCUGGAUUCAUGCGCAGUAGUGAGCGGGAUCUACCACCACCCCAACAACAACAACAGGGGUCUGCACCAGUGAGUGCGCAAGAACUGGAUCAAGCGCGGAAACGUAAACGUGGUGCUGAUGCGACGCCAUCAAGGUCUGCUCUACCUGCUGUAGAGGAACAAUCCAAUGCAUCACCAAAAGGUUGA